UUAAUGGGUGAGUCUACUGGUGAUGAUUGUAUGGUCUGUAAGAAAGAAUGGCUACUGCGAAGAUAGGACUCUUCGGAGUGGCAACACUUCCUCCCACUCACAACCACCGUAUAACCACUGCUUCCUCUCAUCAUCGUUUCAUCUUCAUCAACUCACGCCGCUCUCUUCGUACUCGUUCUUCUUCUUCUCUCACACUCCGAGCCUCUUCCGACACUUCUUCCUCCUCCGUAGCCUCACCAGGCAACGCAGUUGAAAAUGUGGUAAUUAUAGGUUCAGGUCCUGCAGGAUACACAGCAGCAAUAUAUGCUGCACGAGCCAAUUUGAAACCCGUAGUGUUCGAGGGUUACCAAAUGGGUGGUGUUCCUGGGGGACAAUUGAUGACUACAACUGAAGUAGAGAACUUUCCAGGAUUUCCGGACGGGAUUACUGGACCUGAUCUAAUGGACAGGAUGCGACGGCAAGCUGAACGUUGGGGAGCAGAAUUGCAUCAUGAAGAUGUUGAAGCUAUUGAUGUGAAGUCUAGUCCUUUUACUGUCCAAAGCAGUGAACGUAAGGUUAAGAGCCAUACUGUAAUUAUUGCCACUGGAGCAACUGCAAAACGACUUAGGCUACCCAGAGAAGAUGAGUUUUGGAGCAGAGGAAUUAGUGCUUGUGCAAUUUGUGAUGGAGCAUCACCUCUCUUCAAGGGUCAAAUUCUUGCUGUCGUUGGAGGGGGUGACACAGCCACAGAGGAAGCAUUAUAUUUGACAAAAUAUGCUCGUCAUGUUCACUUACUUGUACGUCGAGACCAACUAAGGGCUUCUAAAGCCAUGCAAGAUAGAGUGUAUGACAAUCCAAAUGUCACUGUGCACUUCAAUACAGAGACUGUGGAUAUUGUGAGCAAUACAAAAGGACAGAUGUCUGGCAUUUUAGUAAGAAAGCUUGAUAGUGGGGAGGAGUCAGUGCUUGAGGCCAAAGGGCUAUUCUACGGCAUAGGCCAUUCACCAAAUACUCAACUGUUGAAAGGCCAAGUUGAACUUGACCAGUCUGGCUACUUACUAGUCAAAGAGGGUACUGCAAAAACUUCAGUUGAAGGUGUAUUUGCUGCAGGAGAUGUGCAGGACCAUGAGUGGAGGCAAGCCGUAACUGCUGCUGGAUCUGGAUGUAUUGCAGCUUUAUCAGUUGAGAGAUAUCUCGUCAGCAGUGGUCUUCUUAUAGAGUUCCAUCAGCCAAAACAUGAAGAGGUUAAGAAGGAAUUAACAGACAGGGAUGUUCAAGCGGGCUUUGACAUUACACUUACAAAGCAUAAGGGGCAGUAUGCUCUGCGAAAAUUGUACCAUGAUAGUCCAAGGCUUAUAUGUGUAUUAUACACGUCACCGACAUGUGGUCCGUGUCGGACAUUGAAGCCAAUCCUCAGUAAGGUAAUUGAUGAAUAUGAUCAGAGUGUACAUUUUGUUGAAAUUGAUAUAGAGGAAGAUCCAGAAAUAGCAGAAGCAGCUGGAAUCAUGGGUACUCCGUGUGUGCAGUUUUUUAAAAACAAGGAGAAUCUUAAGACUGUUUCAGGAGUUAAAAUGAAGAGAGAAUACCGAGAAUUCAUCGAGGCAAAUAUAUAGAAGUACAUAAAAACAUUCAAGGGUGAUAACCGAGUUCUGUGAUUCAAUUUUGUUUUCAACAUUGGCCUGCUGAAUAGCGCUGUCAAUUUUGACAGCUAUUCCUUGAACUGAUCAGCAUUUUCAUAGAUUGUACAUGUAGAGAGCUACCAGUUAUUGUUGUAAUUUUUAUCGUUCAAUAUUGUAUUUUUUUUUUUCCUAUUUGAAUUCAGCAAGUUCAACUACCAGCUUCUCAUUGAUGACAAUGUGGUGAGUGAAAUCACACCCUGUCAUCAUCCAAGCUGAAAUGACUGAUCAUAUUUAUAAUAUUUUUUUUCCACAUUUUAA